GCCAAGAAGCAAUAGUGGGAAGAACAACCAGCUUGCUAAUCACACACCCAAACACGCGGUCUCUCUCUUUCUGUCUAAGAAAGCUGCUGAAAUUGACGGAAACUUCAUCUUGAUUGUGGUUUAGUUACUAUCUCCAUCACCUCUAAUGCUGUAAUCAGCACCGGUACGAAGCCGUAUGCUAGUACAUCCUCUACUUUUAGAGAACCUAGGUUGCCAUGUGAGAAUCAUAUUGAGGAUUCUCAUUCGUAAUGGAGCGGGUUGGAAGCCAUGUGAUUGACAUAAGGAGUGGUGCUGAUGCAUCUUCAUCUGGUUCAUUGAAUGAUUCUAAUGUGCUAGACAGACAACUGCAGGCAGAUCGGCCUUCUACUAUUGUCACUUCGGCUGCAUCUCAACCUGCGGGUUCAUCUUCCAAUGAAUCAAACUCCAGGAUUUCAUCAUCCGCUAGGAGGGGAAAUGCACAUAACCGUCGACGAAGAAGACCACUAAACUCUACAUUAUGGAUAUCAGUUGAAUUAGUGUUAACUAUUGGCCAGAUAACUGCAGCUAUUGUUGUUUUAUCUUUGUCCAGACAUGAACAUUCUCGUGCUCCUUUGUUUUCAUGGAUUGUUGGUUAUGCAUUUGGAUGCAUGGCAACGCUUCCCCUUCUUUAUCGACGAUACAGGCACCGGAACCCAGCAACAGACCAAGAUUCAUCCCAGGCUCGGCAAAAUUCUCCAACGAAUAAUCCUCCUAUUGUCACUACUUUUUCAUCUAUUUCAACUACAAGGAUUUCGGAGCUAGAAGAUCGCUCAUCUACUAUUACAACCAACCGGGGAACUUCUAGACUGAAAGCAUUUAUGGAAUACUACAAGACGGCUGUAGAUUGCUUCUUUGCUGUGUGGUUUGUUGUUGGCAAUGUUUGGAUCUUUGGUGGUCACUCUUCUCCAUCGGAAGCUCCUAAUAUGUACAGGCUAUGUCUAGUUUUUCUGGCUUUUAGCUGUAUAGGCUAUGCAAUGCCUUUUAUUAUCUGUGUCACAAUCUGCUGCUGUCUUCCUUGUGCAAUUUCGAUUCUGGGAUUUAGAGAGGAUUCAACUCAAAAUAGAGGGGCCACGUCGGAAUCUAUAAAUUCUCUGCCAACAUAUAAGUUCAAGGUAAAGAAAGGGAAAAACAGUAGUGGCAGAGAAAUAAACUUAAGUGUGGCUGAAGGUGGAGUUAUUGCUGCUGGAACUGACAAGGAACGUGCCAUAACAGGGGAAGAUGCUGUUUGCUGCAUUUGCUUGGCAAAGUAUGGUCAUAAUGAUGAAUUGAGGGAGCUAGGAUGCAAUCAUUUAUUUCAUAAAGAAUGUGUAGACAAGUGGUUAAAGAUGAAUGCACUUUGCCCGUUAUGUAAAGCCGAGGUUGGUGAAACCGUUUUGGAUGCUGUUGUGGCUGUAACCGCUAGCCUCAGAAACUGAUCGAUGUUGGAAAACUCAUAUCAACUUGUGACCCACGUGAGCUGACACGUCAUCCAUCCGCCUUUUUCUGGUCUCGAAGAAAUAUCAUAGGGAGAUAUUAAAAAAAAAAACAUAAUUUGUAUAUGAUAUUGCUUGCUUGCUUAUUUGUCUGCUGUGAGAGUAGUAGAUUAAUCAGUCUUGUUGUAGUGAAGAUGUAUGUUUGUUUGUCUGUAUGUCUGUUUGUCAGUAGAACAGGUUAAGAAUGAUUAAAGAAAGGAAGAAUAUAAAAGGAAUCUAAUAUUGAUUUGGAGUAAAUCACACAUCAUUUCUCCCUGUUUAUCUGUUGUU